GACUGUCAGCAGUUUUUUUGCACUACCAUACGUUCCUCUCCUACAGCGAGCCACACUUGCAGUGCUGUAUGGAUGAUGUUAUCUCCGAUAUGGUCAAGUUACCAUCCGUAACCAUGCCCAACUCAUCCGCCAGCGUGUUCCUGGACGCCUUUUUGCUCCUCUCGCAUCAGCGACAGGACAGCAUCUGUCCAUUUUUACUUGGUGGCGUCGACCGUCGACUAGGGCCAUUUGAAGCGCGUCCGACCGUAUCAUACCGCUUCCCACUGUGAUAUGGUUCGUCUGGACGGCCGACCUGAAUCAGCAUAUCCCGAAAGCCUUUUAGUCCGAAACGCAUGUCAAGGCGAUGCAGACGUGCAGUAGCAGCUCCAUGCAAUCCCUUUCUCCCCACUACUUCGACGUGUCAAGAAGAUGUAUUCAAUCGGUGCAGGGAUGGACGCAGACGGCUCGAAACAGAUCGUUGAUUCUGAUUUCGACGGCGAUACCACAAUUCAGUCGAAAUCUCGAAGGAAUUCACUUGUCUCCUUCCUCUCCCGGGUACAGGUUAUUCUGAUUUUCCUGGGUUUACUCAGCCUAUGGAUCGUCGCUCCUCAACCUGGUCGAAGAUUAUGGAAAUACUUGGUGCCUGUCCAACAACAAGAAAAGACAAUUGAAGUUGGGACCGUUAAGUGGUACAAAUGUCCUGGCCAAGCUUUGCCUCGUGCAAAAUGUGGACAUGUGAUUGUACCCAAGGAUUACUCCAAUUCGAGUGCGGGGACUGUUCAGAUUGCUUUGGGACUUUUACCGGCAAAGGAAGGAACAAAGAAGGGAACUGUCUUUUUCAAUCCCGGUGGACCUGGCGUGCGUGGCAAACCCUUUGUAAUUCAAAGAGGCCACAUAUUGCAGAUGGUUAUUGGAUCCGACUAUGACAUUGUAGGUUUCGACCCGAGAGGUGUCGGAGAGACUAAACCAACAGUACGGUGCUUCAAUGGCGACCUUAGUCAUGCAAAUUUCAAAUAUAACACGAUUUUGGAACGUGGUUACGAAUACUCGUCAAAUAUGACUGCGGAGGACAUGAGGCAUACACUCAUAGCACAGCAGAUCGAAGCAGAUGCACUUAUGAGAACUCAGUUCGACAUCUGCGCAGAGACGUUGGGUGAUGAAUUGAGCAUCUUGGAUGGUGAUGACGCCCUUAUUAAUUUCUACGGCGGAUCUUAUGGAUCCGUCCUCGGACAAUAUCUUGUCAAUAUGAUGCCUACCCGUGUUGGUAGAAUUGUCAUCGACGGGAUCGUUGAUACCGUCCUCUGGAGCAGUCAACCGCCAUACAAAUGGGUCCGACAAUGGUUGUCGUCGACGGAGGAUACUUAUGAUAACUUCGUCACUCAAUGCUUCAAAGCCGGUUCAGAUGGCUGUGAUCUGGCAUAUUCCUCAGAUAGCUCCUCUUCCGAUAUCAAGAAUCGCAUAGAGAAUUUCAUGGACAGUCUAUACCACCGCCCACUAGCCGUCCCAUAUGCUGUGCGUCCGGGGCUGCUGACAUCAGGACGUGCUCGUAAUCAUCUUAUACUCUCUCUCCAACGCCCAUCCAUCUGGCGGUUUGCUGCUAGACAAAUCGCACUAGCAAUGCAAGGGGAUGGUUCGGGAAUUUUGAACUUCCUUCAUGCUUGGAGGUUAUACGUUGACUUAGAAAGGCCUGCUGUCUCUUGUAAUGAUGCACCUCGAUUCACUCCUCCUUCAGCCGAAGAGGUUGUUGACGAAUAUCUUCAUGUGUAUCACAAUGUAUCACGCUUCAUUUUCAGCACGAUCACGACUGAACCAGACUCCGGAUGCCAAUUUUGGCCCGUUACUCCGGCCGAACGAUACACCGGGCCAUGGAACCAUACUUUAAACAACCCCAUCCUAAUUCUGAGUAACACGGCUGAUCCUGUCACUCCCAUUGCUAGUGGGAGGUCUGUAGCAAGUUUAUUGGGUAACUCAUCAAGGUUGCUAGUGCUCGACAGCCCAGGCCAUUGUUCUCUUUCUUUGAACUCGCUUUGCAUGGCUCGUCACAUACAGGCCUACUUCGCAAAUGGAACUCUUCCUGCAGAGAACACAAUUUGCACUGAUGCGCCUGCACCGUUUUCUCACCCGGGAGAAUCCAUAUUCACACAUGAUAUGUCUGAGGAGGAUGAGGUUUUGCUGGACAGCUUGCAAGGACUUGACAUUCAAUGGGCCAAUGCUAGGGCAGGUUGGGAUCAUCCGCUUCAUAAGCAGGAAUACUGGUGACCUGCGAUAUACUACUCCCGCAGUAUCGUACUUAUAAAUUAAAGAAGGUCCA